CUCUUCUCUCCCAAACCUUGCUUCAAUUGAUCUUAGCAUGAACCGUUUCUCUGGAACCAUCCCUCCUCAAUUCGGAAACCUCUCUAAACUCAUCUACUUUGACCUCUCCACAAACCACUUAACCGGAAAAAUCCCACCUGAGCUUGGCAAUUUGCAAAACCUCAAAACCCUCUCUCUUUCUAAUAACAAACUUAUCAGUUCAAUUCCUUCAUCCUUAAGAAAUCUCAAGAACUUGACGGUUCUUUAUCUUUAUAAGAACUAUCUAACAGGUUUCAUUCCCUCGGAACUAGGCAACAUGGAAUCCAUGACAAAUUUAGAGUUAAGUCAUAACAAACUUACCGGUUCAAUUCCUUCUUCCUUAAGAAAUCUCAAGAACUUGACGGUUCUUUAUCUUCAUCACAAUUAUCUUACUGGUGUCAUUCCCCCGGAACUAGGCAACAUGGAAUCCAUGACAGAUUUAGAGUUGAGCACCAAUAAACUUACCGGUUCAGUUCCUUCUUCCUUAGGAAAUCUCAAGAACUUGACGGUUCUUCAUCUUCAUAAGAACUAUCUAACUGGUGUCAUUCCCCCGGAACUAGGCAACAUGGAAUCCAUGAUCAGUUUAGCUUUAAGUGAGAACAAACUUACCAGUUCAAUUCCUUCUUCCUUAGGAAAUCUCAAGAACUUGACGGUUCUUUAUCUUUAUAAGAACUAUCUAACUGGUGUCAUUCCCCCGGAACUAGGCAACCUGGAAUCCAUGAUCAGUUUAGAGUUAAGUGAGAACAAUCUUACAGGUUCAAUUCCUUCUUCCUUAGGAAAUCUCAAGAACUUGACAAAUCUUUCUCUUGACCAGAAUUAUCUAACUGGUGUCAUUCCCCCGGAACUAGGCAACAUGGAAUCCAUGAUUGAUUUAACGUUAAGUCAGAACAAUCUUACUGGUUCAAUUCCUUCUUCUUUUGGUAACUUUACCAAGCUGGAAGUUUUGUACAUCCGUGAUAACCACCUCUCUGGUACAAUCCCGCCAGAAGUGGCAAACUCUUCAGAGCUAACUGAAUUGCAACUCGCCAGAAACAACUUCACCGGUUUCUUGCCUGAGAACAUUUGCAAAGGUGGCAAGCUUCAGAAUAUCUCAUUAGAUUAUAAUCACCUCGAAGGUCAUAUCCCAAAAAGCUUGAGAAAUUGCAAGAGCCUGAUCAGAGCAAAAUUUGUAGGGAACAAAUUCACAGGAGAUAUUUCUGAGGCUUUUGGGAUUUACCCAGAUCUUGACUUCAUUGAUCUCAGCCACAACAAAUUACACGGUGAGAUGUCAGGCAACUGGCAGAAGAGUCCAAAGCUAGGUGCCUUGAUCAUGUCAAACAACAACAUCACGGGUGCUAUCCCACCUGAGAUUUGGAACAUGAAACAACUGGGCGAGCUAGAUCUAUCUGCCAACAACCUAUCUGGUGAACUUCCAGAAGCAAUUGGAAAUCUCACGAAUUUGUCAAGGCUAGGACUUAAUGGGAAUCAGUUAUCUGGAAGAGUUCCUGCAGGAAUAAGUUUCUUAACCAAUCUUGAGUCUCUUGACUUAUCCUCAAACAGAUUCAGCUCCCAGAUCGCACAAACCUUUGACUCCUUUUUAAAGCUUCAUGACGUGAACCUGAGCAGAAACAAUUUCGAUGGAUGCAUUCCCGGACUAACAAAGCUGACUCAGUUAACGCAUCUUGAUCUCAGCCACAAUCAUUUCGACGGAGAAAUCCCAUCACAGCUCAGCUCCCUGCAAAGCCUCGACAAGCUCGACCUCUCACACAACUAUCUCUCGGGUUUCAUUCCAACAACUUUCGAGAGCAUGAAAGCGCUGACGUACAUCGAUAUAUCAAACAAUAAACUCGAGGGUCCGCUUCCAGACAUUCCAGCGUUUCGAAACGCAACAGCAGAUGCAUUGGAGGGAAACAGAGGCUUAUGCAGUAAUAUUCCUAAACAAAGGUUGAAUUCAUGCCCUAUCACUUCUGGUGGGUUCCAAAAGCCGAAGAAGAACGGCAACCUUCUUGUGUGGAUACUACUGCCAAUCCUAGGAGCACUCGUCAUUCUCUCUAUAUGUGCAGGCGCAUUUACCUACUACCUUCGGAAACGAAAACCACACAAUGGAAGAAACACAGAUUCUGAAACUGGAGAGAAUAUGUCCAUAUUCAGCGUUGAUGGCAAAUUCAAAUACCAAGAUAUCAUCGAAUCAACAAACGAAUUCGAUCAAAGAUACCUCAUCGGAAGCGGAGGAUACAGCAAAGUCUACAAAGCAAACCUCCCAGAUGCGAUCGUAGCCGUGAAAAGGCUACAUGAUACAGUAGACGAAGAGAUAUCAAAGCCAGUGGUGAAUCAAGAGUUCCUAAACGAAGUAAGAGCGUUAACAGAGAUCCGUCACCGCAACGUGGUGAAGCUCUUCGGCUUCUGCUCUCACCGCCGCCACACUUUUCUGAUCUACGAGUACAUGGAAAAAGGAAGUUUAAACAAACUCUUAGCCAACGAAGAAGAAGCUAAGCAACUCACUUGGACCAAAAGGAUCAACAUCGUGAAAGGUGUGGCUCACGCGUUAUCGUAUAUGCACCAUGACCGAUCAACUCCGAUCGUCCACCGUGAUAUUAGCAGCGGCAACAUCCUUCUCGAUAAUGAUUACACAGCUAAGAUCUCCGAUUUUGGCACCGCGAAGCUUCUCAAGACGGAUUCAUCAAAUUGGUCCGCCGUUGCUGGAACCUACGGCUACGUCGCUCCAGAGUUUGCUUACACGAUGAAGGUGACGGAGAAAUGCGACGUGUAUAGCUUUGGGGUUUUGAUACUCGAGGUUAUAAUGGGGAAGCAUCCGGGAGAUUUGGUUGCGAGUUUGUCUUCGUCUCCGGGAGAAACUCUGUCCCUGAGAAGCAUUUCCGAUGAACCUUCUGCAACUAUCGCAGAAGCAAAUGCUCUUCUGAAAUGGAAAUCCACUUUCACGAACCAGAGUCACUCAUCAAAGCUGUCUUCAUGGGUCAAUGAUGCAAACACCAAUACUAGCUUUUCCUGCACCAGUUGGUAUGGUGUUUCCUGCAACUCACGAGGGAGUAUCGAAGAGUUAGACCUCACUGACAAUGCUAUAGAAGGAAAUCUCAAGAACUUGACGCUUCUUUAUCUUCACCAUAAUUAUCUAGCUGGUGUCGUUCCCUCGGAACUAGGCAACAUGGAAUCCAUGAUCGAUUUAGAGUUAAGUACCAAUAAACUUACCGGUUCAAUUCCUUCUUCCUUAGGAAAUCUCAAGAACUUGACGGUUCUUUAUCUUUAUAAGAACUAUCUUACUGGUGUCAUUCCCCCGGAACUAGGUAACAUGGAAUCCAUGAUCGAUUUAGAGUUAAGUAAAAACAAACUUACCGGUUCAAUUCCUUCUUCUUUAGGAAAUCUCAAGAACUUGACGGAUGUUUAUCUUAACCAGAAUUGUCUAACUGGUGUCAUCCCCCCGGAACUAGGCAACAUGGAAUCCAUGAUCACUUUAGAUUUAAGUAAAAACAAACUUACCGGUUCAAUUCCUUCUUCCUUAGGAAAUCUCAAGAACUUGACGGAUCUUUCUCUUGACCAGAAUUAUCUAACUGGUGUCAUUCCCCCGGAACUAGGCAACAUGGAAUCCAUGACCAGUUUAGAUUUAAGUGAGAACAAAAUUACUGGUUCAAUUCCUUCUUCCUUAGGAAAUCUCAAGAACUUGACGGAUCUUUCUCUUGACCAGAAUUAUCUAACUGGUGUCAUUCCCCCGGAACUAGGCAACAUGGAAUCCAUGACCAGUUUAGAUUUAAGUGAGAACAAAAUUACUGGUUCAAUUCCUUCUUCCUUAGGAAAUCUCAAGAACUUGACGGAUCUUUCUCUUGACCAGAAUUAUCUAACUGGUGUCAUUCCCCCGGAACUCGGCAACAUGGAAUCCAUGACCAGUUUAGAUUUAAGUCAGAACAAACUCACCGGUUCGAUUCCUUCUUCCUUAGGAAACCUCAAGAACUUGACGGUUCUUUAUCUUUAUAAGAACUAUCUAACUGGUGUCAUUCCCCCGGAACUAGGCAACAUGGAAUCCAUGAUUGAUUUAGCGUUAAGUCAGAACAAUCUUACUGGUUCAAUUCCUUCUUCCUUUGGUAACUUUACCAAGCUGGAAGUUUUGUACCUCCGUGAUAACCACCUCUCUGGUACGAUCCCGCCGGGAGUAGCAAACUCUUCAGAGCUAACUCAAUUGCAACUCGCCAGAAACAACUUCAAUGGUUUCUUGCCUGAAACCCUUUGCAAAGGUGGCAAGCUUCAGAAUAUCAGUUUAGAUGAUAAUAACCUCGAAGGUCCUAUCCCGAAAAGGGUGAGAGAUUGCAAGACCCUGAUAAGAGCAAGAUUCAGAGGGAACGGAUUCACUGGAGAUAUUUCUGAAGCUUUUGGGAUUUACCCAGAUCUUGACUUCAUUGAUCUCAGCCACAACAAAUUCCGCGGUGAGAUUUCAGGCAACUGGGAGAAGAGUCGAAAGCUAGGUGCCUUGAUCAUGUCAAACAACAACAUCACGGGUGUUAUCCCACCAGAGAUUUGGAACAUGAAACAACUGGGCGAGCUAGAUCUGUCUACCAACAAUCUCUCUGGUGAACUUCCAGAAGCAAUUGGAAAUCUCACGAAUUUGUCGAGGCUACGACUUAAUGGGAAUCAGUUAUCUGGAAGAGUUCCUGCAGGAAUAAGUUUUUUAACCAAUCUUGAGUCUCUUGACUUAUCCUCAAACAGAUUCAGCUCCCAGAUCCCACAAACCUUCGACUCCUUUUUAAAGCUUCAUGACAUGAACCUGAGCAGAAACAAUUUCGAUGGACGCAUUCCUGAACUAACAAAACUGAUUCAGUUAACGCAACUUGAUCUCAGCCACAACCAGUUCGACGGAGAAAUCCCAUCACAGCUCAGCUCCCUGCAGAGCCUCGACAAGCUCGACCUCUCACACAACAAUCUCUCGGGUUUCAUUCCAACAACUUUCGAGAGCAUGAAAGCGCUGACGUACAUCGAUAUAUCAAACAAUAAACUCGAGGGUCCGCUUCCAGACAUUCCAGCGUUUCGAAACGCAACAGCAGAUGCAUUGGAGGGAAACAGAGGCUUAUGCAGUAAUAUUCCUAAACAAAGGUUGAAUUCAUGCCCUAUCACUUCUGGUGGGUUCCAAAAGCCGAAGAAGAACGGCAACCUUCUUGUGUGGAUACUACUGCCAAUCCUAGGAGCACUCGUCAUUCUCUCUAUAUGUGCAGGCGCAUUUACCUACUACCUUCGGAAACGAAAACCACACAAUGGAAGAAACACAGAUUCUGAAACUGGAGAGAAUAUGUCCAUAUUCAGCGUUGAUGGCAAAUUCAAAUACCAAGAUAUCAUCGAAUCAACAAACGAAUUCGAUCAAAGAUACCUCAUCGGAAGCGGAGGAUACAGCAAAGUCUACAAAGCAAACCUCCCAGAUGCGAUCGUAGCCGUGAAAAGGCUACAUGAUACAGUAGACGAAGAGAUAUCAAAGCCAGUGGUGAAUCAAGAGUUCCUAAACGAAGUAAGAGCGUUAACAGAGAUCCGUCACCGCAACGUGGUGAAGCUCUUCGGCUUCUGCUCUCACCGCCGCCACACUUUUCUGAUCUACGAGUACAUGGAAAAAGGAAGUUUAAACAAACUCUUAGCCAACGAAGAAGAAGCUAAGCAACUCACUUGGACCAAAAGGAUCAACAUCGUGAAAGGUGUGGCUCACGCGUUAUCGUAUAUGCACCAUGACCGAUCAACUCCGAUCGUCCACCGUGAUAUUAGCAGCGGCAACAUCCUUCUCGAUAAUGAUUACACAGCUAAGAUCUCCGAUUUUGGCACCGCGAAGCUUCUCAAGACGGAUUCAUCAAAUUGGUCGCCGUUGCUGGAACCUACGGCUACGUCGCUCCAGGUGACGGAGAAAUGCGAUGUGUAUAGCUUCGGAGUUCUGAUACUCGAAGUUAUAAAGGGGAAACAUCCGGGAGAUUUGGUUUCGAGUUUGUCUUCGUCUCCGGGAGAAACUCUGUCGCUGAGAAGCAUUUCCGAUGAACGUAUACCAGAACCACGGGGGCAGAAUAGAGAGAAGCUCAUGAAGAUGGUGGAAGUGGCUUUAUCGUGUUUACAAGCAGAUCCACAAUCACGGCCAACAAUGUUGUCAAUCUCCACAUCAUUUUCUUAGAACUCAUCUUCAUCAAUUUCUUCGACGAGGUAAAGAAAAUAACAAACUUUUU